AAGAGGUCAGCGGGGCAGAGAAAAAGAACCUAUGACUGCCGCUAAACAUGGUUUCCGUCUUUAGUUUUCUUCCCAAACAGGAUGCAUGAGCAUGAAUGUUACUCUCAGACCGGCAACACUUCUUUUUGGCUACGAAUAUGUGGUCGACCACAUAUUGAGGUCGCAUUUCACUAAAAGCUCCCAGGGACCUCGCGGAUAUAAGCUUAUUUAUUGGGCUAUUUAGCGAUGAUGUCGUGGAUUUUUGUGCUGCAGCUCAUCGUUUGCUUUGAGGGUUUAUUUGGAGCUGAACAUGAGACGCUGUGCACCUCCAACGCCUGCUUUACUCUGCAUAUGGACAUGGUGAGCUUUGAGAAGGCCCGCGAAAACUGUACACACAAUGGAGGUUAUCUAGUGACGGUCCGAAACCAAGAAGAAGAGGAUGUACUGCGCUCGCUUCUCUCACAGAUCCAAAGACAACCACUGGGCGAAGCACUUCCAUUUUGGAUUGGAUUAAAGCUACACAGAGAGAACUGCGUGUUGGCUGACCAGAGUCUCAGGGGGUUUAAGUGGGAAUCCGGAGACCAAGAUUCCAACUAUUCCAACUGGGAGAAAGAACCUCAACGCACAUGCACAGAAAGAUGUGUAACCAUUACUUACAUUGUAUCGGGUCAGAACCAACUGCAAUGGACUGAUGUAAGUUGCAAAGAAACUGCUUUUUAUGCAUGUGCGUUUUAUUUUAAAGGGAUGUGCAGACCUUUGGCUCUAGUGGGGCCCGGAAAAAUCACCUACACGGCGCCCUUUUCAGAAGAGCCACUGAGAAGUGAUAUGCAACUAUUUCCACUCGCAACACUUGCUGAUAUUUCGUGUGGUGACGAACCGUCUCAGGACCAACCGUACUCUAUGUGCCAGGCGCGGGACAACAGCUACAGUUGGAAUGUGCCCGGUCCAUUUUGCAAAACGGGAAAGCGUCACUGCGCGACAAACAACGGCGGAUGUGAACAUUUGUGCCGGCAGGAGGCAGAAGAAGAGGUUCGAUGCUUUUGCAGAGAAGGUUAUGACCUAGAUGAGGAUGGACUGGCUUGCAGGAUGAAGUCUGCGUGCAGCGUUGAAACCUGUGAGCAUCAGUGCGUAGUGACGGAAUCGGGGCAUUCCUGCAGCUGUCCGGAGGGGUUCGAACUAGAUGUGAACCAGCGUAACUGCUCUGACAUUGAUGAGUGCAGGUCCCGAGCCUGCAGGGAUCACCUGUGCCACAAUACGCGCGGCAGCUACACGUGCGAGUGCCAAGGCGGCUACCGAAUGGUCGGCGGCAAAUGCGUCGAUAUCGACGAGUGCAAGCAAGCGGGAUGCGAGCACAGCUGCUCGAACAGCGUGGGGUCGUUCUCUUGCAGCUGCAACGAAGGCUUCAGUUUAUCCGCCGACGGCCACUCGUGUGUUGACAUCGACGAAUGCGCCAGCGGUCCUUGUCCAACGGAAUGCGCCAACACGGAGGGCGGCUACUCGUGCUCCUGCCCGCGGGGCUUUCACGCGGAGGCCGACGGCUCGACGUGUGCUCCGGACGCGACGGAAACCUCGUCGGCUUCGACCGACGGCCCACCGGGCGACGGAGAGAACUUCACAGAGUCCCUAACCGGAACCACGGUCGAGCUCCAACACCGGUCCCCUCACGCUGACGCAACCAUUCCGGACCUGGGCAACGUCACGCGCGGGGAUCCGCGGAGCAACGCGUCCUCGGUGGGAGGUUUUGCCAACUCGGUUCAUUUCAGGGUGGUCGUGUGCGUCCUCGGCUCAGUGAUCCCUCUGAUGCUUUUGGUGGCGGUGACUCUGACCGUCGCGCUCUUCCGAUGCCGGCGCUCCAAAAAGGAAGCGAAGAAAAGCAGCACCGCGGAUGGUUACUGCUGGGUCCCCUCUGGGUUGGACCAGCGACUAGAGAAACUCUAUGAGUCCAUCUUGACUGAUGACCUAUGACCUGUCAGCGAU